GGCAGUUGUCUCUCUGUGUGUAGGGUUUAGAGAAAAUCAUUCAACGAGACUUUUUUCCUGAUGUGGAGAAGUUGCGAGCACAGAAGGAAUAUCUGGAGGCUGAAGAAAACGGUGACUUGGAGAAAAUGAGACAAAUUGCUAUAAAGUUUGGCUCCUCCUUGGGCAAAUCAUCGAGGGACACACCUGCACCCUAUGUUACUCCAGCCACAUUUGAAACCCCAGAAGUGCAUCCAGGUGGCCUUCCACCGGGGCAUAAAUCCAAAGCUGGCAUUAAAGCUGCAGAUGAAGGAGAAGCAGAAAAAGACGAUAAAGAUACGCUUCCAAGUCUGGACAGCUUCUUAGCAAAACACACGAGUGAAGAUAAUGCUUCGUUUGAGCAGAUCAUGGAGGUGGCCAAAGAGAAGGAGAAAGUCAAGCAUGCUUGGCUGUACAAUGCAGAAGAGGAGUAUGCCCAGCGACGAAACGAAAACCUGGCACUUCCUUCAGCAGAGCAACAAGCUCUGGAGAAUGUGAAAGCUGGACUGGAGACCUGGGAAUACACGGCUCGAAACACCCUCAUGUAUUAUCCGACAGGUGUAUCUGAUGAGGAUGAUGUAUUUAAGAAGCCCAGGGAAGUUGUCCAUCGAAACACCCGUUUUGUGAAGGACCCUUUUAGCCAAGCCGUGAGCAAAUCACAGCUCCAACAAGCUGCAGCCCUCAAUGCUCAGUACAAACAGGGCAAAGUGGGACCAGAUGGGAAAGAACUGAUACCUCAAGAGUCUCCAAAAGUGAAUGGAUAUGGAUUUGUGGCCACCCCUUCUCCUGCCCCUGGUGUGAAUGAGUCUCCUUUAAUGACGUGGGGUGAAAUUGAAAGCACCCCUUUGCGCCUGGAAGGGUCAGAAACACCAUAUGUGGACCGAACACCUGGACCAGCCUUCAAGAUCCUGGAUCCUGGGCGCCGUGAGAGGUUAGGACUCAAGAUGGCCAACGAAGUGGCAGCUAAAAACCGAGCAAAGAAGCAGGAGGCACUUCGAAAGGUGACAGAAAACUUGGCCAGCCUCACUCCGAAAGGACUAAGCCCAGCAAUGUCACCAGCUUUGCAAAGACUAGUAAACAGGACUGCAAGUAAAUAUACUGACAAAGCCCUGCGAGCCAGCUAUACUCCUUCCCCAGCCCACACCGGAACGCCUGGUUACAAGACCCCAGCAAAUGGGCCUCAUACACCCACAAGCACCCCACAAUCUAGGACAGUAUCUCAGACACCAGCAUCUCAGGAUACUACAUCGAUCACAGACAAUUUACUGCAACUUCCUAAAAGAAGGAAGGUAUCUGAUUUCUUCUGAAUAUUCCAGUCACCAGCAAGGUGACAGUGAACUGGCUGCGCUCAGCUGUCUGCAGAUGGGGUGUUGUGAGCCAUCAGUAGUAAGAGGCGUCUAGAUACAGCUGCCAGCAUGGAAGCCAGCGGUUACAAGAUCCGGGACCAGCGCUCCUCUAGACCGUAUAGCUAAAAUAGCCUGUGAUGUGUUUUCUGGAAGCAGAGUAUCUCCGGCUGUGCUGUAACUUCCCUUUGAACUGCAUGGGUUUGAUGCACAGAUCUGCUGUAGCAAAAGGAUGCCUCCUGCAAUGGCAGAGAAGAUUCAGGACUCUUGGAAAAUGGCGAUAAUUUUCUUAAGAUACAUUUCUGGUUUUAAGAUGGCCAUGCAUUUAAAUACAUUUCUGUACAGCUAUAUCUAUUUAUAAAAUGUGGUAAGCCUUCC